CUGCUGUUGAUCUACAAAUCCAAGUACGAUAUACAUAUAGAGGAAAUCAUCCUGAUGGGGGGGAAUUUUCCCCCAUUCUAUAAGUACUCCCAGAUUGAGGAAUAGAUAACUAUAACCUUGUAGUAGACUUGAUGAUAGGCAGAUUGUUUUCCCUAUCGGUUCCUUCCAUCGGAGUCAUGCCCGAUCUUCAUUCACCGGUGGUCUUUCUUUACUCCGUACAGAGCAUGAAGUUUGAACCCGUUACUAGAUAGAUAGAUAUACUUUUUUUAUCCCUGUCUCCGAUCGAUUAAUUUUCACAUAUGAGCAUGAGCAACAGUCACAGUAAUGAGCACAGACACCCCCAACAACCCCUUCCGACGAAAAUGCUCUACCGUCGCUAAAUUCAUCCUCCACCAAUGGCUUAUCAUCGGGGUUGGCGUUGUCUGUGUCCUGGCAUACUUCUUCCCCAAUGUCGCCAAACACGGCGGCAUCAUUAGAUCAGAGUAUAGCAUCCUCUACGGUGCCGUGGCCAUGGUGUUCCUCAUCUCGGGCCUGAGCAUCCCGCAGGAAAAGCUCGUCCGCCAGCUCUUCAACUGGCGGCUUCAUGUCCUGGUCCAGGCCACGUCGUUUCUGUUUAUCCCCGCGCUGGUGCUGGCCGUGGUGCAUGCCAUCGUGGCCGCUGAUCUCCACGCGAAGAUCGACCGUGCGGUGCUGGCUGGGUACGUGUUUACCGCGUGCAUCCCCACUACCAUUGCGUCGAAUGUCGUGAUGACCCGCUCGGCGGGCGGAGACGAUGCGGCCGCCUUGGCUGAAGUCUUGAUUGCGAAUUUGCUGGGUCCCUUUAUUACCGCCGGCUGGACCGUGACCCUGUUACCGCGCACGCCCGAGUUCGAUCUCUGGAGGGACCAGGAUGGUGAUCUCACGGGGAUGUAUCGCAAUGUCUUUAAGCAACUGGGGCUUGCCGUGCUGUUGCCAUUGGCCGUGGGGCAGUUGGUUCGGUGGAUGUGGCCGAAGAAGACGGCGCAUAUUAUUCUCAAGUACAAGAUUGCGAAGGUUGGCACUGUGUGCUUGCUUCUGAUGAUCUGGACGACCUUUUCAUCCUGUUUUGCAACAGACGCUCUCCAGAAUCUCUCAGCCGAGAGCAUUGUCUUUGUUGUUUUGUUCAAUAUCGCGCUUUAUGUGUUCCUGACAGCGGUCUGCUUCUCCCUCGCCCGACCACCCCGAUUUCUUGCCGCCUGGACUGUCGGAAAGUGGCACGUCUUCAAACAAGUGGUCCCUGAGGAAACCAUCGCAGUGUGUUUCUGUGGCCCCGCGAAAAGCACCGCAUUAGGCAUUCCAUUACUGUAUGCUAUGUGGACGCCCCUCGACCUGUUUGUGAAAUCCAAAACCUCAAUUCCUGUACUGCUCUACACCACCGAGCAGCUCUGCGUAGCCCAUGUUUUCGUUCAUGUUUUUCAACGGUGGAAAAGAAAAUUCGAUAAGAAGGACUGUGAGAACCAGGGCUCCGAACCUGCACAGCCCGAGAUGACAGGCCAUCUAACGUCUUCUUUGCCAGAGACGGAGCCCGGUGCAAACGAUCGCGGGUCAAGUAAUGGUCCUUGAAAUCGGGGAAAUUUGCGGAAGACAUAAAAAGUUUUUGUUGGGGGAUCUUCCCCAAGCCCGAGAUGAUAUAUAUAUAUAUAUAUAUAGAUCUAACGUUUUUGUCGCCCAAAAAGUAAUGUAACCGUUCAC